GGAGUCACUGAUGUCAGCCAUCUGCUGUCGUCCGUCGUCAUCUCCAGCAGGAAAAUGGAGGAAUGAUAGAAAAAACAACGUCGAGUACGUGUUUAUCUCUGGUUGUAUCUUGCAGAGAGGCACCGUGACGUCACUACAGCCCCUUUUCAGGCACAUGGGAGGAGAGGAGUAGCAGAUUGGAGAGAAGCUUGGUUCUGGCAGUGGAAGAGGAUUCUGAGCAGAAGGAACUGUUUCAAGACUGAAAGAAGACAGCCAGAGAUACCAAAGAAGUUUUGAUAAAUCUUGUAAUCCUAACGUUGAAGUUAGGAAAACUUGGGGUUUUUGUCAGUCCACUGUUGCACAGAGAGAGAUGCCAGUGGAGGCCAAAUCUGACAACCCAGAAAACCGCUGUCCUGUACGGCGCAGUGGUAGGCCGCCCAAGCGCACUGAUAAGUUAGAGGAAUUCCUGUCAGCUGCAAAGAGAGGGUCAAGAAAGAGCGCCCCUCCCAACCUGGAGAGUGGCGAUCCAUCUUCUCAAACCCCUACUGAUGCAGAGACUGCGUCAGAGGCCAGCUUUGAUGGCAACCCUGAAACAAAGCCAGUAGAGGACAAGGUGGAGUCACCUGAGAGGAGAACAAGAAGUAGUACGAGAAGGCAGACCCUGAGAAGUACUCGAAGCAGCCGACAGACUCGACGAGGGGGGGCUGUCAAAGAUGAAGGGAGCUCUGAGAAUGAAGAGGACAGCAGACCAAAAGUUGUCAAAGAGUCCCAGUUACAGGAUCAAGACAAAGUUGAAAUAGGUGCAGUUAGCAUUGAUGAUGUAAGAAACAUGAAUACGACACAGCCAGUGCAGGACUGUGAGAAGCAAGGUGGGCAAGAUAAAAAAGAUGAAGGUGAAAAAGAGGAUGAGGCUGAAAAAGACAGUGAUAACGAGAGUGCAGACAUGUCUCCAACGGCACUUUCAAAGCGUGGCCCAAUUAGAACUUAUGUCAAUAAGAAGAAAGCAGCCAAUAAGGCCGCAGCUCUGACUGUUGCUGUUCCUGUCAACAAGAGUGUCACUCCUGUUAAAAGGGAAACUAAGUCUAAAGUGACCCAAGCUGCAGUAAAGACACGAAGUUCCCACGUGCUUGAUGACAAUGAUGAAGAUGACAAUGAUUCUUCUGAGACGUCCUCGUCGUCUUCAUCGUCUGUUGAGUCUGAUGAUGGUGGCUAUGAUCCCAAUGCACUUUACUGCAUCUGUCGCCAGAAGCACAACAAAAGUCCGACAAAUGUCAUGUUGCUCACUAGGUUCAUGAUCUGCUGUGAUCGCUGUGAGGAAUGGUUCCAUGGAGACUGUGUUGGCAUCACUGAGGCCCGAGGCCGUCUGAUGGAGAGAAAUGGGGAAGACUACAUUUGCCCCAACUGUACUGUCAAGAAAAACCAGGUGGUCAGGCCUGCCACGACAGCCCUGUCCCUAAACACAGAAAUGGAGAAGCCCAAAGCCAGUAUUUCUUCUCCACCUAUUGCAGCUACUGAUUCUGUUGCAGUCUCUUCUGCGCCUGCUGAGAAACCCAAACUCGUAGAAGUAGACUCUGCUGUCUCAGAGGCUCAGGCUGUUGCACCUCCUCCAACCUCUGCAUCUGCUGGACCUGAAGAGAAGGGAGGCGAUGAUGUGGGUAUCAAAGGCAGGAUAGAGAAAGCUACUCAUCCCACAGGGAAAAAGAAGAUGAAGAUCUUUCAGCCGCAGGCGAUACAGCAGCCAGCAGAACCCAAAGUGGACCCCAAGGCAGAAUCAGCUGUGGAGAAGGUCGUCUCAGAUCCCGUGGCAGAUUCCACACCAGAGCUGAAAGUACUACCAGACACAGAGCAGCGAGUGGCAUCAAAUGUGGAGGUGGAGACGACACCAAGUGAGCAACAGAAUGUUCUUCCCAAAGUCGAGAUGGCAGCUACCCUGAAGGCUGAGGAGUCUUUGCUUCCCAAAUGUAUUGGGCCUGGCUGUGACAGUAAUGCUCAGCCAGAUUCUGUGUACUGUGGCAACGACUGUAUCCUGAAACAUGCCGCUGCAACCAUGAAGUCCUUCUCUGAUGUGAAGACCAGGGCUCACAAAAUCAAGCCUACACCAAAGAGGAGCACUGCUGGCAAAAGAAAGACUUCAAAGAAGACCAUAGAGGAGUCUGACAGCGACGAAGACUACAGCCCUGAUCCAGAUGAGGAUGAUGAAGACGAAUAUGCCGAGGAACACCCGCCCCCCCCGACCACUGCAUCCUGGUCCAGCGAUCAUAAUUAUAUUGCAGUACCACCAGAAAAGACUUCACCCAUAUCACCAACAGUAUUAAACAAAAAAUCUGUUCCCAAAGAAGAGAAGCCUCCUGAGAAAGAGAAGAAGAAGGAACAAACCGCACCUGCUGAGAAAUCUGCCAAGUCAACGGCAGCAUCUGUAACACCGGUCAAAGGAAACAAAAAAUCUCCUAGCACCAAAGGAGCCAAAGUUUCCCCAAAGGAUAAAAAACCAUCACCUCAGACCACCAGGUCCAAGUCAACUAAGAGACAGUUGCUACCUUCCAGUAAAACCUCACCAAAGUCCAAGAAAAUACAGCCGCUGCCUGUCCACACCCCAUCUCCCUUCCCUCCAGGUCCAAUCCAUGUCACAGGAGCACUGAGAGUCACCAAGUCUAAUUUCACCAUUCCAAAGAAGCAGCCUCAGCAAAAGGACAAUCCACCAUCUCAGAGUCAGCCGUCCUCAUCCUCCAGGGUUCCAUCAUCUCCACUUUCUUCAAAUCCCCCCAGCUACUCUUCCUCCAGACCUCCCCACCCUGCUGCUUCAGCACCCCCUGUUUCCCACAUGCCGCCUCCACCCAAUAACCAGAUGAGACAGAACAUCCGCCGCUCACUGACAGACAUCAUCUUUAAGAGGGUGAGUGACAGUGAUGAUCUGAAAAUGACAGAGAGCGACGUGGGAAGGUUAGCGUUUGCCAUCGAGAAAGAGAUGUUCAACCUCUGCCUUAGCACUGACAGCAAGUACAAGAACAAAUACAGGAUGCUCAUGUUCAACCUGAAGGAUCCUAAAAAUAAAGGUUUGUUCUACAGGGUGGUGGGAGGCGAGGUCAGUCCCUUCAGACUGGUCAGACUCACUGCCGAAGAGUUGAUGUCCAAAGAGAUAUCUGAAUGGAGAAAGCCUGACACUCCUGAGUCCCAGUCUCCCAGUGCGAGACUCCACUCAGGUCAGUCCAGACAGAGCAGCAGACGUGACUCUGGCUCUCAUCAUGUGGCUAUGGAGGACGUUCCACCAACUUCAGAUGCAGAUAGUGGCUCUUCUACUUCCGCUACAUCUGUUCACAAGCUUUCUGCUGCAGACCAAGAUGAACCAGGUUCCACUCUGGUUUCUGCUCCGCUCUCUGCCAUUGAGGGGAACAGUAACAGCAGCAUGCCUGACAUUUCCAGCAACAUGCUCAAAGACACCACACCUGAACACAGGACUCAUCUGUUUGACCUCAACUGUAAAAUAUGCACAGGUCAGGCCUCUGAAGAUGAGCCCAUUGCUAAAAAACUCAAACUGAUGAAGAAGUCAGAUGUUAAGUCACCCAAACAAGAGUUACAGCCAUCCAGAUCAGAGGAUGUGUCAUCUCUAGGCCAGUCGCAGGCCACGGCAGCCUACCGGCAAGACCAACAAUUGGGCAUUUUGUCCUACCAAUCUGACAGGGAGCCAGUCAUCUCAGAAUCACAACCAACGCUGCACCAGGAUGACUUAAACAUGAUGGUGCCUCCAUCCCAGACUCCCAUGCCCAUCACUCCCACUGUCUCUUCUGUUACUAUCACCCGCAGAGACCCACGUAUGGCCAGGCAUGGCUCUGGUGUUACUGUCACCUACACUGCCCCUGAAAAACCAGCAAUAAUCCCAGCAGAACAGCUAGCUGCUUUAAUUGCGCCUUCAGUUGUAGCUCCAGUUGUACCUCCAGCUGUAGUUCCAGCUGGUGCUCCAGUUGAGGUUGUACCAAAGGCUCCACUGCCGAUGCCACCAGCUCCACCACCUUCAGCGGCUUUGUCGAAAUCAGCUAAAACAAGUACAUCAGAGCCUGCCCCAGAGGGUGAGACUGCAAUCUUCCUCCGUGGUCAAGAGAGGAUUUGGAAAGGAUUUAUAAACAUGCAGUCGGUGGCUAAGUUUGUGACCAAGGCUUUCCUGGUGUCAGGAUCCUUUGAACACCUGAAAGAGGAUUUGCCAGACACACUUCAUGUUGGAGGUCGGAUAACUCCCAGCACGGUGUGGGACUAUGUGGAGAGGCUGAAAACCUCACUCUCCAAGGAACUGUGCCUGAUUCGGUUCCAUCCUACCACAGAGGAGGAGGAGGUGGCAUAUGUCUCUCUCUUCUCUUACUUCAGCAGCAAGAGACGAUUUGGUGUGGUGGCUAACAACAGCCGCCGCAUCAAAGACCUCUAUCUCAUCCCACUGAGCUCAAAGGAUCCGUUACCCCUGAAACUGCUACCCUUUGAUGGGCCAGGGCUUGAACCAGCACGUCCCAACCUACUCCUGGGGCUGCUGAUCUGCCAGAAAGACCGAAAGCGCCCUGCUGGUCCAUUAGAAAUUGAGGAGAAACGAGUCAGAUCUCAGAUCAAAGACACUGAAGAUGUUGGACUUGCAAAGGCAUCUCCUUCAGUUAAUGUAGAAAAAAGCAUUCAGCAGAGCCUGGAAGUUUCCUCCAGCACUACUCCUCCAGGGUCAUCUCCUCAAAUCAGCUCCUCUGAAACUUCAAGUAGUGCUGUGGCAGCUACUUCUCUCAUUUCCCUCAUGGCUUCUGUCAAAGCAUCUGCUACAACCAUGGCAACUGCAAAAGAGUUCCCAUCUCCAGCCAGCACUUCUGCUUCUUCAACCACAACUGCCACUCCUCUUGAUACCAUCCUCGAUGCCCUCUUUAGGAAGAAGAAGCAGGAAUCUGAUGCAUCCAGUUCUCCCUGUGAUCAGGGUGGGGAUCUCCCAGUCCCACCUGCUACAAUGCUAGUCCCUAUUGUGAAACAGUUUGCACAGAUUUCUAAAGAGAAGCAGAUGGAGGAAGAUGAAGAUGACCGACCCUAUGACCCAGAAGAAGAGUAUAAUCCCAGUAGGGGCUACAGUGUGCUUAAAAAACCAUUUGAUGACUUCAAUAAACCUGAGACCUCCAAGCAGCCUGACAUAGUGAAUGAGGUUGAUGAUGUGGAGUAUGAUCCAGAGGAUGACUCAAUUUUUGAAGAGGUUAAACCUAGUCAGUCAAAAACUCAUCAUAAACCAGCAGCUGAAAAAUUGACUGAUCCCCAGAAGAUCCUGGAAACCCUUACAUCGACUGAGGAUCAUCAAUCGCACAAAGAAGAACGGUGUAUUCAUGAGCAAAUGGUAUCUGGUGGCACAGCAGCAUCUGAUCAAACAUUGACAAGGGAAGAUGCGCAAUUAACCCAAUCUACCACGUCCCUUUUGGCCAAUAGUCAGCUACUGCAGCUUGGUAAAAAGGUUGAAGAACUGGUUAAGUCUUCAGUGUCUCCCUUGAUCACCCAGACAGGAGAGCCUCGUCAUAGCAAGGAUCCACGCCAGGUUGGAGCCAGCAUGACACAGAGUGUUGAGGCGAAGGAACCAUCUGUUGACUCUACAUCUCCAUCACAGCCUGUGGCUCAAGAGCCUCAGCUGCCGAAAGCAGCAGAUAAUGCAGAUUCUUCACAAGGUCCAGAGGCAUCAGUUGCUCAAAACGAGGUAAAAAGUGAAAUGGUACCCUUCACCGAGUCAGAAAAUUCAGAGAUAUCAAUUCCGUUAUUAGGAGAGCUGGUGGAAUCUGAUAUGGAAGUCAACUAUAUCAAUGAGAAAGUGAAACCUGAGGAUGCUGAGCCAAUAAAGAUGGAAACUGACAUUGAUAAAUACAGUGUUUGGCCAAAUGCAACUAGCAUUUUAAAAUCUGGUGUGGAUUCUCAGUACGAUGCCAAUAGCCAAGACACAAAAACUAAAAAGUAUUUUGAUGAGCCUCCAGAUACUUCAAAACUGACUUCUACAAUCCCAGUUAUUACCCAGAGUGCAGGAAUGAUUGACACUUCUUCACAUCACAUGCCUCGUAUGUCAGGCUAUGACCCAGAAUACAGACGUACAUCUGACAUUUCCACGCCUUCGAACUUUCACGCACCCAAUCUGAUAAAAGGACCAGCACGAAUGAUGAGGCCUCCCCCAGUGUCAAUGCUACCACCCAUGCAAAGUCUUCCUCCAAUGUCAGCCCCUCCUCCAGUACAAGCACCCCCUCCAUCCAUUCAUGUACCACCUCCUGUACGUGCUCCUGCACCCAUGCAAGGUGAUAUCCGCCAUCACUAUGGGCCACCUCCAGCUACAUAUCCUCCCUUUCAGAACCAGUGGGCAGGCUCCCAACAGCAGCCUCCUCCUGGAUCACUUCCUCAAAAUGUUAUGCCACCCAGAGGACCACUACCGCCACAGUUUCCUCUGCCUGUGCAGGGAGGCCCUGCUCAUCAAAUGUUUGAUUCCACCAUUCCCCAUCUGCAAAUACGACAACAAGGUCCUCCUCCAAGUCUUCCUCAACCUCCUAGUUUUGAUGGACAGAACAGCUUACCUCCACCAAGAUUCCCAGGUCCUCCACCACCAUUUAAUUUCCCUGUAAAUAGAGGCCCUCCUCCACCCUUUACAGGGCCACCUCCUGGUCACUUUGAUAACCGACUCCCUCCUCCACCUCAGUACCAAGGACAAAGCGGUCCUCCGCCAUCUCAGUAUGGUGGCCAUGGGUCCCAGCAACCUCAAAGAGCAGAUCAACCUCAAGCCUCUGCAGAACCAUUUAACAAAGAGAGUGCUAACCAUUUCACCCUCGGUGUCGACCAACACCAGAGGCCAUCUCUGCGAGGUCCAGCCUACCAGGCACCUCCACCAAACCAGUAUGAGGACAGAAGAAUCCCACAAUCCAGUGGGGAGAUGAGUGGACAACACUUCCGUCCACACAGCCAGUAUGCGGCCUCCAGACCCUACUCAUCACCAUCACACCGGCCGCCGUUUGACGAACACCGGCCGCCGUUUGACGAACACCGGCCGCCCUUUGCCGAACACCGGCCGCCGCCUGCCGAACACCGGCCACCUUUUGCCGAACACCGUCCGCCGUUCGACGAACACCGGCCACGGUUCGACGAACACCGUCCGCCGUUCGACGAACACAGGCCGCCGUUCGACGAACACCGCCCGCCGAUCGACGAGCACCGGGUUCUUCCUGUUCAGGGAAAUAGGGGUCACCCACCUCAGUCUUAUGGUGGAUCAAAACGGUGCCGCUUUGAUAGACACUCAGAUGACACUAAGCCUGUUUCUAUGAGUGUACCACUGUUGCCAAGUUCGUCUCCUUUAGGGGGCCCCGUACCCCCGCCUAGUCACAUGGGAGGUCACAGUCCAGAAUUACACAGUGAAGACUACUGGCAUCUCCAUUCUCCUGAUGUGAGGAGGAGGCGCAGCACCACUCGGGAGGACUCAGAUGCACGCAGUGGAGAUCGGGUUAGUCGCUUUGAAGGGGGGCACAGAGUACUUCUUCCGAGUCUGUCACAGCUCUCUGAAGAGAGACCGAAAGAGCUGUCUGAAGAUCGCAGGAGGGAACGAGAGCGAGAAGCCUCUCACACUGGCAGAACAUCAUGGGACAAGGGACAGGGCAAGAGGUGGAGCAAAGAGCGAGAGUGUGAAAAAGGGAGAGAAAGAGCCCAAGAGCGUAGCCGAGAGAGAGAUUGCAGCAAGGGGAAAGAAAGUGAACGGCACAGGGAGGCAGAAGGAGAGCGGCACAGGGAGGCAGAAGGAGAGAAGCACAAAGAAACAGAAGGAGAAAGACAUAGGGAGAUGGAAGGAGAACGGCACAAGGAUCAAGAAAUAGAAAAAAGGAGAGAUCAUGAAAGAAACAGGGAUAGAGCCAGGGAUAGAGAUUCAGAAAGGAGGGACUAUGAUCGUGACAGAGGAAGGAACCGAGACAGAGAGCGUGACCGUGAUAGAGAGCGUGAUCGAGAGCGUGACCGUGAUCGAGAGCGUGACCGUGAUCGAGAGCUUGACCGAGAGCGAGACCGCGAUCGAGAGCGAGACCGCGAUCGAGAGCGAGACCGCGAGCGAGACCGCGAUCGAGAGCGCGAGCGAGACCGCGAUCGAGAGCGCGAGCGAGACCGCGAUCGAGAGCGAGACCGCGAUCGAGAGCGAGACAGGAGGCGGGACAGAUCCCGAAGCAGAGAACGUGACCGUGACAGAGGGAAAGAUCGGGCCAGGGAGCGGGAUCGAGAGAGGGACAGAGACCGACGGGACAGGAGUAGAAGCAGGGAAAAGAAAGAAGAAAAAAAGGAGCGUAAAUAUGACACAAGCAAGAACGGUGAUAAAACCACAAUAAAAGACAAAAACCUGUCCUAAUCUGUUUCAUGGACUCUGCAGCACUACUACUACUAUUACUACAGAAAAUCCUUGAAUGUGUUUGCAACUAUAUAAUGUAAAUUUAGAUCAAGAGUGGAGCAGAGCAAUGUGACUGAGCAA